UUUUUAGAACGAAACGGCACGGGACGCGAGGUGCGUCGGUGGAGAUCUGCCUCCCUGAAGCAGCAGCAGACGAUCUAAGUCAGGUGGGGCUGUGUGGAACAAAGUAAAACGACUGGAGCACCAUGCUUCUUCAAUUUCAAAACACUCCAGUCCCAAACGAUAAAUUGACUCCUUGUGUACAGUGUGAUUUUGCCUACAAAGGAUCUUGAGAGUUCAAAUCAUGUUCUAUUUACCGGACAGCCCAAUAUAAACGAAGAAGAGUUCAUUUUUUUAAAAAUAAUUCCUUAGUUUAAAUCAAAGAAAUAUAGUCGAACUUAGGUUUUGAAAAAGAUUCAAUUUUCUCAAUACCUUAGGAUAUUUUAGUGCCUUCUUGGAUAUAUUACUAAUGCCUUGAGGAUAUCGGUCUUGAAAAUAGUUAGUUCCGUACUUAACUAGCAUAUCAAAUAGUUUGGAAAAUUUUGACAAUCAAUCGUCUUUUUGAUCUUCGAGCACAUCUUUACUAGCUCUUUACUAAUUGAAUUCUUCGUAAAUUUUAGCUUCUACUAUUAGACUUGGGCACAAUUUUUCUCAACAUUAUUUCUAAGCAAUAAUAAUAAUAAUAAUUUUUGUUGCUGAGAUCUCAACAGCUUUUUGGCAGAAAAAUCUCUAUUUCAAUUAGCAUAUUUAAAUUUCAACUCUUCUAUCAUCUUCUCUUUGCCUUUAAAAAGACCAAAAUAGAUGAAUUUCAAUUCAGAAAAGACCAAAUAGAUAAAUUUUAGUUCAAAAAAGACCAAACAGGUGAAUUUCAGUGGACUUUAUGGUGUUGUUCACAAUGGAUUACGUGAUUCUUAACUGCAGAAGAUAGUUAAAGUGGAAAUUAGUUGUCAACAUGGCGAUGUUCCGAGCUACCGGUGCCUCUGGCAUGGGUGGUCCAUGGGACAAGCUCAUGUCCAAAGUUAAAAAACAACAUUCAACUCAGCAUCAGGGAACCCAAGGGUCCCUGCCGAAGCUGCACGGCGAAGAUGGAGGCGGUGGAGGAGGCAUCACCGAGGGUGGAGGAGUGGGCGGCGCCCAGCUGCUAUCAUUGCCGCCCCUCUGCAACUUCGAGCCCAUCCCACACGACCACGACUAUUGCGAACGGGUUGUGAUCAACGUGAGUGGUCUUCGGUUCGAGACCCAGCUGAGGACGCUGAACCAGUUCCCUGAUACCCUGUUGGGGGACCCGGCUCGGCGUAUCCGCUAUUUCGACCCGCUGAGGAAUGAGUACUUCUUUGAUAGGAAUCGCCCUUCCUUCGACGCAAUCCUCUAUUACUAUCAAAGCGGAGGACGUCUCCGAAGGCCUGUAAACGUCCCACUCGACGUUUUUGCUGAAGAAAUCAAGUUUUAUGAACUCGGAGAGAUGGCCUUCAACAAGUUCCGCGAAGACGAGGGGUUCAUCAAAGAGGAGGAGAGACCCUUGCCCAAGCAGGAGCUUCAGCGCAAGCUCUGGCUUCUAUUCGAGUACCCCGAGAGCUCACAGGGAGCUCGUGUGAUCGCCAUCGUGUCCGUGGUAGUGAUUCUGUUAUCGAUAUUCAUAUUCUGUCUGGAGACGUUGCCCGAGUUCAAGCAUUACCGCCUCUUUAACACAACUAACAACAUGACACGUGUAAUAGAGGACGAAGUGCCGCGUACCACAGACCCUUUCUUCAUCAUCGAGACGUGCUGCAUCAUUUGGUUCACUUUCGAAUUGCUCGUUAGGUUCCUAGCGUGUCCCUCCAAAAUGGCGUUCUGCAAGGACGCCAUGAACAGUAUAGACCUGAUGGCCAUCAUCCCUUAUUUCAUUACAUUGGCCACCGUAGUGUCUGGUCAGCGGCCACAAGAGAGGCCCAUCAACGAGAGGGGCAACAACCAGGCCAUGUCGCUGGCCAUACUCAGGGUUAUCCGUCUUGUGCGGGUGUUCCGGAUCUUCAAACUUUCCCGGCACUCUAAAGGCUUACAGAUAUUAGGCCGGACUCUAAAGGCCAGUAUGCGAGAACUGGGCUUGCUCAUUUUCUUCCUUUUCAUCGGCGUCAUCCUCUUCUCGAGUGCCGUCUAUUACGCUGAGGCGGACUCUGAACGCUCUUUCUUCAAGAGCAUUCCCGACGCGUUCUGGUGGGCAGUUGUCACCAUGACGACUGUCGGAUACGGGGACAUGCGACCCGUCGGGGUCUGGGGCAAGCUGGUGGGCUCGCUAUGUGCCAUCGCUGGCGUGCUCACCAUCGCCCUGCCAGUUCCCGUCAUAGUCUCCAACUUCAACUACUUCUACCACCGGGAGACGGAUCAGGAGGAGAUGCAGUCGCAGAACUUCAAUCAUGUAACUAGCUGCCCGUACUUGCCCGGUACGGUGGGCGCCAAGCUCAAGCGCGAUUCUGUCAGCGAGUCUGCCUCAGACAUCAUGGAAUUGGAGGAAGGCAUGCUGCUCAGUGUCGAGAAUCAUCAACACCAGAUGCUCCUCAACUAUCACCAACAGCAGAAAAAGCCCAACUGCAAUCCCCUUCACAAUAACAACGUGAAUGCCGUCUCCAUUGAAACCGACGUCUGAAGUAGUGCUUGGUUGGCAGCUGCGCAAAUGUCCUCCUACAGAGCAGCCUUUAUAUACACCUUCCAGUUUCAUAAAACCAUAUUGGUUUCCAGGCUGGAUACAUGAGAAGAUGUGUACCAAAGGUCUUUCAAGCUUAAUAAAUUAUUCUAUUAAUUAUAAAGACUUUGGAGCUGACCCUCGCCAAGGAAGGAGCCAAGUUUUUCGCCCAAUUCAUCCAUUGCCAUUUGAAUGGAGCCAACGAUACUGACUAAGGAGGUUCGUUUGAAGUUCGGCACAAAAGAAUGUGCCACACUUCAAAAGCUACAGUAUUUUUCCUUUUUACUACAUCAAAACAAAAUCUAUCGAUUAGUUUAAAAGUGGAUUUGAUUAUAUUAAUCAUUUUAUUACAAAAAAAAUAACUGUGAUGGUGUGUUCUACAAUAAGACAUUUUUGGUUAUUAUGUUUGUUUGUUCUUAAGUUAUUAUUGUUCGAGUCACGUUAAACGAAGUCAAUCAAGGCGUUUCCAAGUAGCUUAUAGAAAUUAUUUAUUUAUUACCCCAAAUUAUUU